AUGUCGCGUAUCAGGAACACACUUGAUACAGUCACAAAGGCUGUGAGCGGAACGGUGAAUACUGAGCUCCUCUCCAAGAUCACGCGCUUCAAAGCCGGUGCCACCCAGAGCAAAGUCGAAUGUCCUGAGGUGGGAGCUGGGGCUGUUAUGACCAUGGCAGCACCUGAUCCACCAAAGGUGAAACAGGUGGAAAAAGAAGCCCCAAAACCUAGCGACCUGUCCACUAACAUCGGGAACACAUCUAACGCAGUUGCAAAGCAGACGCUGCAACGUUUCCAGCCUGCUGCUUUUGCCACGAACAUGGAUGAAACAUACAGUCACCUGGCCGAACACGUCAACACAUAUUUUGGGAGCGACACACGAGAUGACAAGAGAUCGCAGGGUAGAGAAAAUACGAUCCCUGCUGCUACUCAGUCUAGUUCUCAAGGUGGUGGCCAGGAUCACACCCUCUUGGCAGCACCAGUAUCCCAUGGAGCUAAACCAGAAACGCCCCCUCUUCCACCUGUCAAUGAUCAGCAUAGUUCUGUGAAGAGUUCAAAAGCACCUCCUGCGGCUAAAGAGGAGGCUAUCCCAAUAUCUCCAAGAAAAGGCAUCAGUCAUUAUUUGUCAUACCCCAGGCCAAGUGUGCAGGCUUUUGUGGGUAACUACAUCACUCCCCUGGUUCCAAAGUUUAAAGCAGAUUCAAAGAGCGGUGGAACAGUGGAGAAAGACAAAACAGUUGGAUCAGAGCUGGCAGUAUCUCAGGAAGCAAAGAGUGCAGAAACCAAGGAGCAGAAAGAGGCGGAGGAGAAAGCUAAGAGGCUACUAUCUCAAAGAGAGAAGAUUAUAGCACGUGUGAGCGUAGAUAACAGAACCAGAGCGUUGGUCAAGAGUCUUCAAAGAGUCACUGAUGUGAAGAUCACCAUCACUAGGGUGGAGGAACUGAGCUUCCACCUGCUGGAGUUUCCUGAGACCAGAGGAGUGGCGGUCACUGAGAAGGUUAUCCAGUGUCUUCUGCGUUUGAGGCAAGCUCGAGACUCCCAUCUGCAGGCGGCUGUGAGACAGGCUCUGGCCCUGGUGGGCUACAAUGACCCGGUCAAAGGCAGGGGGAUACGUGUCCUCUCUAUCGAUGGAGGCGGAACCAGGGGAUUAGUUGCAUUGCAAGCUUUGCACAGACUGGAGAGUUUAACUGGGAAGCCCAUCUACCAGCUGUUUGACUACAUAUGUGGAGUUAGUACAGGUGCCAUCCUGGCCUUCAUGCUGGGAGCAUUCCAGAUCCCUCUGAACGAGUGUGAGGAACUGUAUCGGAAGUUGGGAUCUGAUGUCUUUAAGCAGAAUUUAAUAGUGGGCACAGUGAAGAUGGGAUGGAGUCACGCAUACUACGACAGCCAGAUCUGGGAGGAGAUCCUCAAGGAAAGAAUGGGUCCCGGUCUAAUGAUUGAGACUGCCAAAAACCCUAACUGCCCCAAGGUGUCAGCAGUGAGCACCUUGGUGAACAGAGGCCUACCAUUGAAGGCAUAUGUCUUCAGGAACUAUAACUUCUUGCCUGGCGUUCGCUCGCACUACCUGGGCGGCUGCCAUCACAAGAUGUGGCAGGCCAUCCGGGCCUCAUCCGCUGCUCCGGGCUACUUCCAGGAAUUGGUUCUAGGAAACGACCUCCAUCAGGAUGGUGGACUCCUGAUCAACAACCCCACGGCUCUGGCUAUCCACGAGAGCAAGUGUCUAUGGCCCAACACGCCGGUGCAGUGUGUUGUGUCUCUGGGCACAGGCCGGUACGAGACAGUCACCAAGAGCGGCUCCAGCACUUACACCAGCCUGAAGACCAAACUUACCAACGUCAUAAGCAGCGCUACAGACACUGAAGAGGUGCACACGAUGUUAGACGCCCUUCUUCCCCCCAACACCUACUUCCGCUUCAACCCUUACAUGAGCGAAGACGUCCCAUUGGACGAAAACCGUCAAGAACGGCUUGACUUCCUGCAGGCCGAGAGCCGUCGCUACCUGGAACGCAAUGAGAACAAGAUGAAGAAAGCGGCCAGCGUGCUCGCUCAAGAAAAGAGUGUUGUUCAGAAAUUGGCCGAAUGGGCGCAACUUAAAGCUGACUUAAUCGGCGUUGCAUCGCUGCAGCUGCGCCUGCACGGAGCUUGCGCGGGACGGCGCUGCGCGUUUGACAGCAGAAGCGCGCUCGAGGAGAAAGACAAGCGCGCAACCACAGGCUGCGGUACGCGCGGACAGAACAGCAGAGCACAGCCGCUUCAGUCCCGUGCCACCGGACCGGUCGAGGAUUCAUCACUGGAACCGGAUGAGGGGCAUCCAGUCGCGCUUCUCCCAUGGCAACCGAUGAUGAUGCGGAUUUUCGCCGAGAUGUGGCAUCACAAAGGAUGCGUUAUGAAUCAGGAGUAUUACGCGUAA